AGAGGAUGAUGGUGGUUUGCGGUUAAAAAAAAAGAUGAUUGCGGUUUUAUUUAUGGAAUUCCCUCUCGAUUUGGCCAUGGCAGGUAACUACUCCGCCGGCUCGCCUUACGAGUCCGAUCUGAACUCGCUCUUCGCUUCCAUAGUCAACUCAGCCUCCAUCUCGUCCUACAACCACUUCACCACUGCGGGAUCCGUCAGCGGCCAAGGGGCGGGUUAUGCGGCCCACGGCCUCUACCAAUGCCGAGGCGAUUUAUCGCUGCCGGACUGCGCCACGUGCGUGGCCGGCGUUGUGAACCAGUUUGCCGGAGUCUGCCCCCAGAAGACCGGAGGGGUCGUACAAGUGGUCGGGUGCCUUGUGAAGUACGACUGCGCGAACUUCAUCGGCAUGGAGAACAAGACGGUGGCGUUCAGGCAAUGCGGGAAGGCCGACGCGGCGGUGGCGAAAACGGUGGAUGCUGUUUUGAAGGGCCUGAGUGGGCCCGUCGGGGUGACAAAAUUGAAUGCGGAGUAUGAGGCGAUUGGAAUGUCGCAGUGCGUGGGUGAUCUGAGCGUGGAAAUGUGUGAGGAUUGUUUGGGGGAGGCGAUCCAACAGCUGAGAACGACGUGCAGUGCGGCGGUUUCCGGCGAUAUGUUCCUGGGCAAAUGUUAUGCUAGGUACAUGAUUGGUCAAUCCAAGCACGAACCACACAAUAAACAUGUGAAGAGAGUGAUCAUAAUCGUGUUUUCAAUUAUAGCCUCAAUUGUGGCGUUGGUGCUUUUGGGAUUCCUCAUAUAUUAUUUGCGCUCUUGGACUUGGCCUUUGAGCUUAGCGAUGCGCCUGAAAGAUAUUUUGAACAGACGCACCAAGUAAUGACGAGGCUUAGCUUAAUUACGCCCGUUGGCCGAUUGUGUUAGCAUAUUGAUGACAACAGCUUCAAUUGGUUGUUUUAAUUGGUUGAUAUGAUUAGCAGUUUGUAAAAUAGUAUUUGACUAAAUGGCUAUUUACAAUCAGCGGCUAACUCCUUAAAUGACG